GACCCGAGGUCUGUGGAUGUUAACGUGCAUCCGACCAAGCGCAAAGUCCACUUCUUGAACCAAGAAACCACCAUGGUGCGAAUGUCGGAUGUCAUUCAGCAGAAUCUCGCUGGUCAAAGUCAGUCGCGAGUAUUGUAUCAGAUACACGUACAUGCAUAUACUCACAUUUCUACAAUAUAUUGUCAUCUCACAGAUACAAAGGUGUUCUAA